GAUAAAAUGGAAAAACACAAUGGAACAGUGCUGAGUGAAUUCAUCCUCAUGGGAAUCACAGAAUGCCCUGAACUGCAAGCUCCAUUAUUUGGGCUCUUCCUCAUCAUCUAUCUGAUCUCACUGGUGGGCAACUUGGGAAUGGUCAUCCUCACCAAGGUGGACUCCAGGCUACAAACACCCAUGUACUUCUUUCUCAGACACCUGGCUUUUACUGAUCUUGGUUAUUCAACAACCGUGGGACCCAAAAUGUUAGUAAGUUUUGUUGUGGAUCAAAAUUCAAUCUCCUAUUAUUUGUGCGCCACACAGCUGGCUUUCUUCAUCAUGUUCAUUGUCACUGAAAUUUUUAUUCUGGCGGCAAUGUCCUAUGACCGCUAUGUGGCCAUCUGUGACCCUCUGUUCUACACAGUCAUCAUGUCACAAAGAGUGUGCAGGGUACUGGUGGCAAUCCCUUAUCUCUAUAGCACAUUCCUGUCUCUUCUAGUCACUGUAAAGAUUUUUAAUUCAUCCUUCUGUGGCUAUAAUAUCAUCAGCCAUUUCUACUGUGACAAUUUCCCCUUGUUAUCUUUGCUUUGCUUGAACACAGAUGAAAUUGAAUAUAUGAUAAUGAUUUUCUCAGCUUUUAAUUUGAUUUUCACCCUUGUGAUAGUUCUUGUGUCUUACCUGCUCAUCCUUGUAGCUAUUCUCAGGAUGAACUCUGCUGCAGGGAGGCAGAAGGCUUUUUCUACCUGUGGAUCUCACCUGACAGUGGUCACACUGUUCUAUGGGGCUUUGACAUUUAUGUAUGUGAAGCCCAAGUCCAGUCAUUCCUUUGACACAGAUAAAGUGGCAUCUCUAUUUUAUACCCUUGUUAUCCCCAUGUUAAAUCCCUUGAUCUAUAGCUUGAGAAACAAAGAUGUAAAAUAUGCAUUACAAAGGAUGUGGAAGAAACUGUGCAAUAUGUUUUCUUAA